GAUUCAUCCUCGUCGCGGGAACAGUCCCCUGUCGUUACCAUGAACGAUAAACCCAAUAAACUGGUGCUGAUCCCGGUCCUGGCUGUGCUUUUCGUGAUGAUCGGCUACCAGUACAUCUGUCCAGCGGGCAGCCGCUCGUGCCAUUUGCGUAACGGCGGCCACCCGAGAGCGCGACACGCGGCUGGAACGGACGAGGCGCCGCCGCCGCCGCACGUGCAGGCGCAGGACGCGGCGUCCAAGUUCAACUUCAGCGAGCGCGAUCUCGCGCGCCGCGUCGACUUCGACAUGAAGGGCGACGACGUGCUCGUGUUCCUGCACAUCCAGAAGACCGGCGGCACCACGUUCGGGCGGCACCUGGUGCGUAACAUGCGCCUGGAGCGGCCGUGCGACUGCCAGAGCGGACAGAAGAAGUGCGCGUGCCGGCGCCCGGGCCGUGACGAGUCGUGGCUCUUUUCGCGCUUCUCCACGGGCUGGAGCUGCGGCCUGCACGCCGACUGGACCGAGCUCACCAACUGCGUUCCAGCCGUCAUGGACAAGAAGCGCGCUCCGAAGCGGAAAAAGAACUUCUAUUACAUCACCAUGCUACGGGACCCGGUGUCACGCUAUCUGAGCGAGUGGAAGCAUGUGCAGCGCGGUGCCACUUGGAAAACUUCUCUCCACAUGUGCGAUGGCCGCUCACCCACCCAAGCCGAGUUACCAUCAUGUUACAGUGGGGAUGACUGGUCAGGAGUGACACUGGGAGAAUUCACAGCAUGCCCGCACAACCUGGCUAACAACCGGCAGGUGCGCAUGCUUGCAGACCUGAGCCUGGUAGGCUGCUACAACCUCUCGUCCAUGAGUGAUCGCGAGCGUGGCGAAAUCCUGCUCGCCAGUGCCAUGAGUAAUCUCAAAAACAUGGCCUUUUUCGGCCUGACCGAGUUCCAGCGAAAGACACAGUACUUGUUCGAGCGUACUUUCCGGCUGCAUUUCAUCGCAGCAUUUACGCAGCUCAACAGUACCCGCGCUGCUGGUGUGGAACUGCAGCAGGACGUGCGUCACCGCAUCGAACACCUUAACUUCCUGGACGUGCAACUUUACAAGUUUGCCAAGGAGCUAUUCCUGCAGCGUGUGCAGUUCGCACGCCAACAGGAGAGGCAGGAACGGCGCUGGCAACACGAGCAGAAGGACCGCCAGAGUAAAAGGCAGUCGGAGGAAAACCAGUCACAGCUUGCCACCACAGAGGACUACGCCAGCCAGGUGGCACGCUGGUGAUGCUCCUUACGAAAGAGACGCACUCAUAGCACCGAGCCAACUUGUAGAUGCGGUGGUCAUAUUUUCA